AAGUAACAAGAGUUUGAAUCCAACAUUUUUCUGAAUACAGUUAUUCUUGGUGGCAGGAGGUAAAUAGAGUAGGAAGAAGUAAGAGAACAAAUAGCAUGGGGAACAGUAAAAGCGGAGCUUUGUCUAAAGAGAUCCUUGAUGAUUUAAAGUUAAACACAAAGUAUUCAGAGGAUGAGCUGUUCAAGUGGUAUGAGGGUUUUAAGAAGCAAUGCCCAGAUGGCAAGAUCAGCCGCACAGACUUUGAAAAGAUCUAUGCCAAUUUUUUUCCUAACUCAGACCCCAAGACCUACGCAAGACAUGUUUUCCGUAGCUUUGAUACAAACGAUGAUGGAACAUUGGACUUCCGGGAAUACAUUAUUGCACUUCACCUUACCUCUUCUGGGAAAACCAGUCUUAAACUAGAAUGGGCAUUUUCUUUAUUUGAUGUGGACAGAAACGGUGAAGUCAGCAAGGUCGAAGUACUUGAAAUAAUCACAGCGAUAUUCAAGAUGAUUCCUGCAGAAGAACAGAAAAAUCUACCAGAUGAUGAAAAUACACCACAGAAAAGAGCAGACAAGCUAUGGGCUUACUUUAAAAAGAAAGACCAUGAUAAAAUCGCUGAAGGAGAAUUCAUUCAAGGCGUUAUGAUGAACGACGACAUAAUGCGGCUUAUACAAUAUGACCCGAAAGUCGCCGGCAAGUCUUGAAGGAAUACUACAGGGCAUAAACAUAUGCCAAAUGUGAUUGCAUGUGGUUUAUAUGUGUUUGUGAGGUAUCAUGUUAUGUUUACAGGCCACAACAAAGGCUCUAUACAUUUAUAACAUAGAACAUGGAUAGAUGUCUUUAUCAAUUCAGCUGUUGGACUACAAGUCCCAGAAUACCUUUUUAAGUGUAGCAGACAUCAAAUACUGCUUCCCUCUCCAGGAUUUUCAGCAAUUGACAUAAUUGGAAAUGAUCAUACCACACUAAGAUGGUAACACUCUCUUGGAUACACUGGGAGGUUGUGGCAGUGACGUACACUCAUUGUGUUUCUUACUGUGACCCUGACUGCAGAAACUGCAAAGAUAAUUGUCUGGUCAGGACAUGGCUAUGGGCUGCAGUGCCGUCCAAGCAGUGCAGGGGGGAGCUGGCCAGGACAUAUGAACAUACAU